AUGGAGACCACCCCUACAGGAGAACAUAACAUCACUGUAUACAAGCAUGGAGACCACACCUACAGGAGAACACAACAUCACUGUAUACAAGCAUGGAGACCACCCCUACAGGAGAACACAACAUCACUGUAUACAAGCAUGGAGACCACACCUACAGGAGAACACAGCAUCACUGUAUACAAGCAUGGAGACCACCCCUACAGGAGAACACAACAUCACUGUAUACAAGCAUGGAGACCACACCUACAGGAGAACACAACAUCACUGUAUACAAGCAUGGAGACCACACCUACAGGAGAACAUAACAUCACUGUAUACAAGCACGGAGACCACACCUACAGGAGAACACAACAUCACUGUAUACAAGCAUGGAGACCACACCUCCAGGAGAACAUAACAUCACUAUAUACAAGCACGGAGACCACCCCUACAGGAGAACACAACAUCACUGUAUACAAGCAUGGAGACCACACCUGGGAACACAACAUCACACCAUACAGCACGGGGCCACCCCUACAGGAGAACACAACAUCACUGUAUACAAGCAUGGAGACCACACCUACAGGAGAACACAACAUCACUGUAUCACUGUAUACAAGCAUGGAGACCACACCUACAGGAGAACAUAACAUCACUGUAUACAAGCACGGAGACCACCCCUACAGGAGAACACAACAUCACUGUAUACAAGCAUGGAGACCACCUACAGGAGAACACAACAUCACUGUAUACAAGCAUGGAGACCACACCUACAGGAGAUCACUGUAUACAGCAUACAGAGACAACAUCACUGUAUACAAGCAUGGAGACCACACCUACAGGAGAACACAACAUCACUGUAUACAAGCACGGAGACCACCCCUACAGGAGAACACAACAUCACUGUAUACAAGCAUGGAGACCACCCCUACAGGAGAACAUAACAUCACUAUAUACAAGCACGGAGACCACACCUACAGGAGAACACAACAUCACUGUAUACAAGCAUGGAGACCACACCUACAGGAGAACACAACAUCACUGUAUACAAGCACAGAGCCACACCUACAGGAGAACACAGCAUCACUGUAUCAAGCAUGUACAGUACUGUAUACAAGCACAGGAACCACCCUACAGGAGAACAUAACAUCACUGUAUACAAAGCAUGGAGACCACCCUACAGGAGAACAUAACAUCACUAUAUACAAGCACGCACGAGACCACACCUACAGGAGAACACAACAUCACUGUAUACAAGCAUGGAGACCACACCUACAGGAGAACACAACAUCACUGUAUACAAGCAUGGAGACCACACCUACAGGAGAACACAACAUCACUGUAUACAAGCACGGAGACCACCCCUACAGGAGAACAUAA